ACUCGUUUUGGAUUUUCUCCCCUCUGCUCCGGCGCUCCGUGGACAUCCCUCCUCGCCCCGUAGAGCUCCCGGCGGCGGCGGGACUGGGGGAGGUGGGGGUAUGGCGGAGCUGUCUGCGCGGACGGACCGGACGCUGCUUCCCCCCCCCCCCUUCCUCCCGCCGCCGCCUCCUCCUCCCAUCACCUCCUGACCCUCCCGGUCCCUAAGCAACCGCCGGACCUCGGUGGCGACCGUCGGACCCGCCUCGGGGCCUUUCCGGGGCCCUCCGUGGCGAGGCCUUCCGCCCCCUGCCCGGGGGGAGGCUCGCGGGUCCCGGGGAGGCCGCUGGGGAGGGAGGCUCGGCGCCCUGCGGAGGGUCGCUGAGCCGAGGACGUUCCGCCGCCGCGGGGAAGGGCCCCGUGUGUGGCCCUCCGCGCAGCCCCUGGUCCUGGUUUUUAGGGUUCGGGUUUUUGUUUUUUCUCUCUUUAUGAGCCCCUUUAUAUCUAAUAUUUAAAAGGGGAAAGGCGUCUUCCCACACCACCUCCGCUUUUUUAUUUUUUGGGGUCUACGUUACCCAGAAGGCUCAUGUCUUAUCAGUGACCGAGAAUUAUUCUAAUUAAAUGUAGCUGUUUUUGGAGGAUGGAUGGGUGGAGAGAUCCUCUACUAUUGAGAUUUCAGUCGCUUUUUGAGGCGUCCGCCAGGAAAGCUCCAAGAAACAGCAGGCCAGCAUCGGGCAGAGCUGGAUUGCAAAAUUUGGGGGCAGAGCGGUGUGUGCACAGUCCUCAUGAAGACACAUUGUCAUUUGGGGAACAACAGCUUGGAAUAUAUUUGACUGUUGGCUUUAAUGGAUACCUUUACACAAAAGCCUAUGGGCAAAAAAAAACAACAACCACAGAAUAAUUUGAUAUUAAGACAGAUAUUUAGAAAUUGCAGCUGAGAAUUGCCUCUAAAUUUUUGAACAAUUAGAAAUGCAGAAAAAAAUGCUGCUAUGAAGACAUAAUUAUAUCUCUCAUAUAAAUGAAGCUACUACUGUCAUGAUUUUAGUGCUGCAGAAAGGAUGAACUUCAGUGGACAAGAGGGCAUUUUGAGGGGUAGUAGGAUGCUUGAGGCCUGGAAUUUAAAUUUGAGCUACUUCCUGAAGCUCUUAAAUAAUAGAAGAAAAUGGAAUUGAACAUGAUGUCAGCAUGGAACAGUCUAAUGAUUCAUUAAUAGUCAACCAUAAUGAUUCCGAAGAUUCAAAAACAGAUUCUCAGCAUUCAACCUGUAUCGACUCCAGGGAUCCUUCCUUUGGACAAAAUAGUUCUGAUAGAGUUUUACCCGUCACUACUCAUGAAGCAGAUAAUUCACUCACAUCACAGAAUAUACCAGGGCCCCUGACUCAGGCACAGACUCUUUCUGCAGAGCAAUUUCACCUAGUGGACCAAAAUGGGCAACCUAUUCAAUAUGAACUUCAGUCAUUGGAGGAUUCUAAUGCACAAAUGAUGAUUGUUGCCAGCUCAUCAGAAAAUGGACAGAUGCUUCGUGUAAUUCCAUCUACCCAGACAGGAAUGACACAAGUGAUUAUACCUCAGGGGCAACUUGUGGAUAUGAAUAAUCCUCAGGCUGCCUCUGAAGAGAAACCCAGCAACAGAAACUUACCAACUGCAGGACUGGAUGCUCUCGCCGACCAGAACAGUAGUUACAUUCUGCAUCCACAAGCAUCCCUCACGUUGCCCCAAAAGACAGUGACCAGAAUGCUUGAAGAACCGUUUCUGGCUCCUCUCCAGCCACUUUCUUCUAACACACCUAUAUGGGCCUGUCGUCUUAGGAGUUGUGAGAAAAUUGGAGAUUCAUACCGGGGCUACUGUGUAAGUGAGACUGAAUUAGAAAGUGUUUUAACGUUUCACAAGCAGCAAACACAGAGUGUUUGGGGGACUCGCCAAUCUCCAAGCCCAGCCAAGCCAGCUACACGUUUGAUGUGGAAAUCCCAGUAUGUCCCAUAUGAUGGAAUUCCAUUUGUCAAUACAGGGAGUAGAGCCGUGGUAAUGGAGUGUCAGUAUGGGCCAAGGAGAAGAGGUUUCCAGUUAAAAAAGAUCAAUGAGCAGGAAAGCAGGCCUUGUCACCUCUACAAAGCCACUUGUCCAGCCCGAAUUUACAUUAAAAAGGUACAAAAGUUUCCUGAAUAUAGAGUUCCUACAGACCCCAAAAUUGAUAAGAAAAUAAUACGAAUGGAGCAAGAGAAAGCCUUUAACAUGCUAAAGAAGAACUUGGUAGAUGCUGGUGGUGUUUUUAGGUGGUAUGUACAGUUACCUACACAGCAAGCUCAUCAGUAUCACGAAUUGGAGACUCCCUCCCUCCCUUUGUCACCUCCCCCUUUUCCUGUGUCCUCUCUGGAAGAAGAGGAAACUGCAAUUAGGGAUGAGAAUUGUACAUUACCCUCACGUCUACAUCCUCAAGUAGCACAUAAGAUUCAAGAAUUAGUAUCACAAGGAAUAGAACAAGUGUAUGCAGUAAGGAAACAUCUAAGAAAAUUUGUGGAAAGAGAACUGUUCAAAUCUGAUGAGGUACCUGAAAGACAUAAUUUAUCCUUUUUUCCAACUGUAAAUGAUAUAAAAAAUCACAUCCAUGAAGUACAGAAAUCCUUGAGAAAUGGAGAUAAUGUAUCUAACUCAGAGAUUAUUCCAGCAACGCUUCAGUGGACUACAGACAGUGGGAAUAUUCUCAGAGAGACUGUGACAGUAACAUUUGCAGAAGGAAAUUCACCAGAAGAAUCGUCUACCACCAAAGUGGAAACAAAUCAGACAAGGGGUUCUUUGUCUCCAGAAUCAGCCCAUUUGCUCUCCUCCUCACAUUCUUCAUUUCAGCCAAAAAUAUUCACACAACUACAGGGUUUACAGUUGCAACCAAGAUUCACUUCUCCUGAUGGAUCACCGGCUCUGAUAUCAGUAAAUGACCACCUCUCCUCUAGUCCUUCAAGACCUCUGGAUUCAAUACGAUGUACCGUAAUAAAUAAUAAUGCUCUACAGUGUGGUCAAAGUCAUGGCCUUCAAACAGAUACAUGCCUUACCCCAAACAACAGUAUUGCCUCUACCAUGGGUAACCUUCCAGCACCAGAUCAAAAUGUGGCUGCAGUGGAUCAGCUGGUGGACGUUGGAGAUGCUGAGGAUACAGAGAAUCUGGAAGGAAGUGUUCAUAGGUUUCUGUUGGGAAAUGUACAGACCAUUCCAAUACAAAUUAUAGACAGCCACCCACCUCUUAUUGAAGAAAACCCAGAAGGUACCAUUUCUGUGAACCAAGUUAAACAGGAACCCAAAGAACCAGCAUUGUCUAUGGAAGCAAAAAAAAAUUUGGACUAUAAGAAAUUAUCUGCUACAUAAAUUGUUGAAGCUUUUCUGAACUGUACAACUCUGGUGACCUCUGAUGUCAUAGAAAAGAAGGUAGAAACUGGAACUAUCAAUAUUUUCAUGUUAUUUUGGAGGUAUUUUAAAGGAGCCAGCAUUUGAUGAUCUUGGAGGUCCUAUAAAAAUCUGGUCAACUUGGAAAUAGCGUGCUUUCUGAGGCCCUUUGAGUUUCCUGCACAGGGUCUCUCCAAUGACGAUGGUAAG